AUGGAUGUGUUGGACAACAAGUUUAGACUCAUUGAAGAUAAUUUAGACCACUUGUCAUCACUUGACGUACAUUUAGAGGCCAUCACUAUUGCUCUCAAAGAAGAGGCAAAUCGUCACCAUUUGAGCCAAACUCGAGACAAUUGGCGUAUUGUCUCACUUGUGUUGACACGGAUUCGCCAUCACUUGACACCACAAGACAGUAGCCCUCGUGUUGAUCACACCUUAUGUCAGACAUUGAGUCAUGUUUUCAGACUUCUGAGGAAUUCAUUAGUGAAUUGUCUGCCAAAUAAGCUAUUGAUUGUCACCAAUGGAUCCAUUCUUGAGGACUCUAUUUAUAUCUUUAAUGAGUUAAUCGAUUGCCAUAAAAGUGCCCAAAAAGUUGAUGAUAACGAAGACUUUGUUCCCAAAGAGGCUUUAAUUGAAGCGAUUAAAUGUUGCCUCCAGUUCUUCGCCAAUCUGUUGAGUGGUUUGGAUGAGACAAUCCAAGAGUUGUCACAAUUAAGGCAUCAAAUGUGGACUUUAUUUGCAUUUGAUUUGUUCCGAUAUUUGCUCGACUUGGAAGACGACAAGAGUGUGGUAUUGAUCUCAAGUAUGAUAUUCUACUCAUGUAUUCGUAAUAAUAGUUAUAUUGAAAACAAUUUGUUUGAAACCAAUAAAAGCGAAGACUUGGAGAAAAUGUUAACCAUUUGUGAGUUACUAUUGGAUCAAAUUGAGAGCUCAUCGUCUGAGUGGUGUCUCUGGUCUUUACAACUGUUCCUCAAGUUUAAGAACUUUUUCAAUGCUUUUUACAGUAGAUUUCAAAGCAAACAAAAACUUAUCAUUUUGGACAUAAUCUAUGAGUUGAUUACUGAUGAAAAAGAUAUGAAGACUAUUGAAGUGAACGACACGAAUGUCCACUAUUUGUGUCGACUCUUCAAACAAAACAUUUCCGAUGUCUUCGCCAUUGAUUCCCAAACGGAUGACAAACAGUCUGAAGAAAACAACGUCUCGAAUGCCAUUCAUGUCUCCAAACUAUUGUCUAUUUUGUGUGAAUUAACAGCAAAUGAGAGUCUGUUGUGUCGGUUCCAAACAGACAGACAAUUGGUUGAGUGUUUGGUCGACACUCUGAAGACAAUUCAAUUGUUGUCCAAAUCUCAAGACUCGUCUCAUUUCAAGUCAAUCCCACAAUUGAAACAAAUCAAUGAAACCGAUAGUGAGUCCCAAAACCCAGUGUUUGGCUUCAAACGGGACUUAAUCCGAGUGAUCGGAAAUCUGGUCUAUAAGUGCCCUCAGAUGCAGGACUGGGUGCGAGAAUUUGAUGGCAUUCCUGUUAUACUCGAUUGUUGUAAUAUUGACGCCAAGAACCCAUAUAUCAUGCAA